UAGGGACACCAGUCACGCUUCUCAUGUCAACAAUGUCAAGCUCCCCGGAGUAGAAACGUGCACUUCUGGUAUUUUCUUUCAGACUAACACAUUUUAACUCCAUUUAGGUGUUCAGUAUAUAUAUUUUCAAAGAAAUACAACGUUCGUAAGUGAAUGAAAUGAGAGCAAAGCAAAGUUAUAUAUAUAAAAAAAAAUAUUUACAGUAAAAACGUAAAGUAAAUUGCAGGGUUUGCUAACGUUAGCCAUGUAAGCUAGCCUACAUAUGAUGUCAUACACGUGGGGCCGAAAAAAGAAUGAGCAAAGAGAGAUAAUAAACAGCUAGAGAGUGACUUCUCUCUUAUGGAUAUGCAUAUUCAAACCGCGGCAUUAUAAAACGCAAGUGAUAAACACCCACGUAAGAAAUAUGUCGUUUUAUUUGAAAGCUAAUGCGACUCACUUCCGCUAGAAGUGUAGCUAACUUGAUAACAUUACACGCCGACGACACCGGGGGAGCAGCAGUACGACUACUUGUCUGUGUAAUACAUUAGAUUUAAUCGAAUAUAAAUCCCACUAAUCUUUACUAACAUGGUGGGGAAGAUCAAACACGUCCGUCAGAAGAUCCACCAGGAGGCAGUGAAGCUUGACAGGCCGGGCAGCCUCACACAGUCCCCCGGCACUGCGCUCCCUCAGAGUUUGCUGAAGCCUCCUGUGCUGGGACUGCACACAAUAAGUCCCCCACUUCUGGAAAAGGAAAAGCACGACUCCUCGAAUAAUGUCAAACAGGCUGCAGCAGAGAGCUCCUUCCCCAGUGGGAUCUUUGCUGGCACUAAAAUCACUCCAGAGGCCCUGGUACAGACACUGAAGUUUGAGGAACCUCCAGAUGUACCCAUACCUGCUCAGAAAGGCCCAGAAGAGAAGAAAGUCAAGUCAAAGAAAGAGAAGAUGAAGGAGAGGAGGGAGAGAUGGCUCAACAAGAUCAGCUCCAUCAAACAGGCCAAAGAGCAGCAGGCGGCCGAGGCCCGGAGGCAGGCCACGCCCGUGGUGGGAGACAUGAGGCCGCUGGCCGACGCCCUGCCGGAGCUCUCUCAGCUCAUCGCCCCCGCAGCCACAGCUCCCACUGCUCGCCGCAAAAGCAGGAAGAACAAAGUGCCGGUGAAGAGACCUGAGCCAACAGACUUCAGUCAGAUGAAACAGUCGCAGAAACGCAAACUCCUGGAAACUGAGAGCAGCCGGUUCAGUGACGCGGUGAAGACCCUCUCCGCGAAAAUGAACCCUCUGGCUGAUAUCGGCGAGCAGCUGCGGAAGAGGAUGAGGCAGGAAGAAGAGCAAGGUCCCAGCUAACAGCCGCUUACAGCUCAACUCUGUGAGACUGAGGUAACUCUACAGACGUUUACCGACAGAUCCCAGACCACGACUGGAUUUUGUGAGGGGCGACCCGACCUGGUACAUCCCUAGGGUUUAAAGGAAGAGCCUGACACCCCGUCCCAUCUCACCCACUGACUAAAGGAUGCUGCUCCCACACAAACGCGAGUCGCAUCAAGUGUAAUAUUUGUCCCCGCUGACUGUAAUGGAUAUCCUUCAGUUUUAUUAUCCACAUUUUCCUCUUCGGUAAUAAAUCACUGUACAUUUAACAAUCA